UCUGCUUCUUCUUCCCUUUUUCAAAAUCUCUCUCUCUCUCUCUUGCUUUGUAGAUCCAGUUUUUUUAGGGUUUUCUCUGUAAGCGAAGAUGCGUGAGAUUCUUCAUAUUCAGGGAGGUCAGUGCGGAAACCAAAUCGGUUCCAAGUUCUGGGAAGUGGUUUGCGCCGAGCAUGGGAUCGAUCAGACGGGACGGUACCAGGGAGAUUCCGAGUUGCAACUUGAGAGGGUUAACGUCUACUACAACGAGGCGAGUUGUGGAAGGUACGUUCCUCGCGCUGUUCUCAUGGAUUUGGAGCCUGGAACCAUGGACAGUGUUAGAUCUGGACCGUACGGACAGAUCUUUCGACCGGAUAACUUCGUCUUUGGUCAGUCCGGUGCGGGGAAUAACUGGGCGAAAGGUCACUACACCGAAGGCGCUGAGCUUAUUGACUCGGUCCUUGAUGUUGUUCGCAAAGAGGCCGAGAAUUGUGACUGCCUUCAAGGGUUUCAGGUGUGCCAUUCCUUAGGAGGAGGAACUGGUUCUGGAAUGGGAACUUUGUUGAUAUCGAAGAUCAGGGAGGAGUACCCUGACCGUAUGAUGCUGACAUUCUCUGUGUUCCCAUCUCCUAAGGUGUCUGACACUGUUGUGGAGCCAUACAACGCAACGCUAUCUGUGCACCAGCUUGUUGAGAACGCUGAUGAGUGUAUGGUUCUUGACAACGAAGCCUUGUAUGACAUUUGCUUCCGUACACUCAAGCUUAGCACUCCAAGUUUUGGUGAUCUGAACCACUUGAUCUCUGCAACCAUGUCUGGUGUAACCUGUUGUCUUAGGUUCCCUGGUCAAUUGAACUCUGAUCUUCGAAAGCUAGCUGUGAACUUGAUCCCAUUCCCUCGUCUUCACUUCUUCAUGGUUGGGUUUGCUCCUCUCACCUCUCGUGGAUCUCAGCAGUACCGCAACCUCACUGUCCCAGAACUGACCCAGCAAAUGUGGGAUUCCAAGAACAUGAUGUGUGCUGCUGACCCAAGACACGGUCGCUACCUCACUGCUUCAGCUAUGUUCCGUGGAAAGAUGAGCACCAAGGAGGUCGAUGAACAGAUGCUGAACGUACAGAACAAGAACUCUUCCUACUUUGUGGAAUGGAUCCCAAACAACGUCAAAUCAACCGUCUGUGACAUUCCCCCAACUGGUUUGAAGAUGGCUUCAACGUUCAUCGGUAACUCAACCUCGAUUCAAGAGAUGUUCAGGCGUGUCAGCGAACAGUUCACUGCUAUGUUCAGGAGAAAGGCUUUCUUGCAUUGGUAUACAGGUGAAGGUAUGGAUGAAAUGGAGUUCACCGAAGCUGAAAGCAACAUGAACGAUCUUGUCUCUGAGUAUCAGCAGUAUCAAGAUGCCACGGCUGAUGAAGAAGGAGAAUAUGAAGACGAAGAAGGUGAGUACGAGCAAGAAGAAGCCUAUUGAAGAAACAGAACAUAAGAAACAACACCUCAACUUCCUGUUGCUGUUUACUUUUUCAACUCUCUCUACUAAGUUUUUAUAGUUUCUGUAACUAUCGCAUGCGUUAUUAGUUUUAUUAUGUACUCUGCCUAGGCUAAGAGGAUUUAUCAAUAUUCAAACAAUCUAUUUCGUUAAAUCAAGAAGAGGCUUCCAUAUUAUAUU